UGUGUCUCUAUGUCUGUGUGACCCAUUCAGUCUCUCACUCACUCGCCAUUUUCAGUAACGGAGAGCGACCUCUCUUUCAAUCCCAUUUCCAAACCGCUCCUUCUCCUUCUCCUUCCUAUCAAACUUCUCUCUCUUCUUUGCCUUCUCUUUCUCUCUAACAUGUGAUCACCACAACCCUUCACUCAUCACCAUCUACUACACUUCCAAUCUUUCGGAUCUUGUUGCUGUUGCUGUCUCUUUCUCUGUCUGGAUCCUUCGAUCCUGAUCCUCUACUCAAUCCUCAUUUUGGGUUCCUUUUCUUUCUCGGACUUAGAUCUCUUUCUUCUGCCAACCACCCACUACGCUUCAACUCACUGCUUGCAUCAGUGGUGGUUACUGUCUACCUUUUGAUGGCGUUUUGAAUACCCUAUUAUCAGGUCUUCCAUUUUGUCAUCUCACUCCUAAUUUCUUCUUCAAGUGGGCUAGUGAGUGAUGGAUCCAAUUAACCUUUUACCUGCUGAUGGGGUUGGAGUGGUCCACCAAAAUGGUGUCCAUGAUGAACCUUCAAAUUCUGGGGAGGAUGGUGGUGCUCCAUAUGAUUUAGACCCCAGUCUCACUGAAACUGCAGAAACUGUUGCUUCAAAUGGAAAUUUUGAUAAUUUCCAUCAGUCAGAAAGUGCUGCAAUUGAUAACUCAUUUGUGGCAGAAAUCAAAGAAUCAAAUGACAUUGCCGAUGGCAAUAACGUGAUCAUUACUAAGGAAGAGGAUACAAAAAUAUCAGACCAAACAAAACAAUCAAGGGCACCAAAGGGUCUUGUCAAGAAUAAGAAUGCAAAGGCUCCAAGUUCCAGUGGAGUUCAUGCAAGUUUGGUAAAUAAGAGCAAAAUUGGAAAAGAAAAAGAAGCAUCUUCAUCUGUUUCAAAUGGUACUUUAGCUUUAGACUCUCGCCCAAAACAGUCUAUUAAAAGCAGCAGAUUAUUCAAUGAUCGGCAGACUCAAUUGUCCAAGCCCAAGCACUCUUUGAAGUCUGAUGAAGCAUCUUCUGAAGUGUCAAUGGAGAAGACAAAACCAAAAUCAUUGAGAAAAGGACCGGUUAAAGAUCAAGGAGAAGAAGAUUCUUCCCUAAGUACCAACAAUGAAGAUGCCAAACCUCAAAGGGUGGGGACACUUCCAAAUUAUGGAUUCAGUUUUAAGUGUGGCGAACGAGCUGAGAGAAGAAAAGAGUUCUAUAAUAAGCUUGAGGAAAGGAUUCAGGCAAAGGAGGCAGAGAAGAGUAAUUUGCAAGCAAAAACCAAGGAGACCCAAGAUGCCGAGAUUAAGAAGCUUAGGAAGAGUCUAAAUUUUAAAGCAACUCCAAUGCCAAGUUUUUAUCAGGAGCCUGCUCCUCCUAAGGUUGAGCUAAAGAAGAUACCAACUACAAGGCCAAAGUCUCCCAAGUUUGGUCGUAAGAAGAGUUCAGCUAAUUCAGAGUCAGAUGGAAACACUAGCAGCAGUUCAAGAUUAGCUCGCUUAAGUCUGGAUGAGAAAGUGUCAGAGAGUAACCCCGGGAAGGGACCUAAUCCUGUCCUUCAAAAGAAACCGCUUCGAAGAUCUCUUCCUUCUCGUCUGACCUCUGAAAAGAACAAUGUAUCGAAAUCCAAGGCCACCAAAGAUGAAAAGUCUUCCUUAUCUCGUGCUGCUAAAAAGAAUAUCAACAUAUCCAGUGCUACAGGAGAAGAGAAAACCGACGUGAUUGCAGCGACCGAGGAGAAAAAUAUCUUGUCCAGUGAAACAGGUGAUGCUGUGCCUCUGAAUAUGGUUCCUUCAGAUAAUAAGCCAAGUGAAGAAGAAGACUCUCAUGUGAAUGUUGAUAUAGCAGUUGAAGAGAAUCCUCUGCCCCCAUUGGCACAAGAAGCUGUUGCCACAGAGCAAUGAGCAAAACAGCAGGUUAGUUUGGAAGAAUGAUUCAUCCGGUGAGAUGUUAUAGAAGCAUAUGAUUCAAAUUAUUUGACAAUGAAGGGUUGGAAAUUUGCAUUAUGGUUUGUGUUGUCAGUUGUGAUCAUGAUGUCCAAGCAGCAUUGUUUCUUUGUGUUUACUGACUCCCAAGGUUGGAAGUUUGGUUCUCAUUCUUCUCUUUCUCACUUGCAGCAAUGCAUGUAAUAUUUGGCAGGUUGUUCUAGUUGAUGUUAUUUUUGGUAUAUGCAGCAGCACUUGUCUGUUUAGUGGAAAUUUAUUUGGAGGAAAAUUUUGAGAAAGUUUGCUAUCUGGUGAUGCUUCAAGUUGUUCAGGCAUUUGCUUUGUUAAACAAUUUGACAUUGUCUCAUGUACAAGCUUUUGUGUUGUGGACACCCUUCUAGCUGAAUCAUACAGAUCAAAUUCUUCUGUCA